CCAUUCCAUUAAGGUGUGAACUAACAUGCAAGGCCCUGGCACCGGCCCACCUGCCUGGAAUGCAGCCCAUUAUUAACAUAAUUAGUUACACUUGUGUUUGACAAGCCCAAAUGUCAGCGGUUGUCCUGCAGAAUCUGUUAAUGUGCAUGGUGUGCUUCUACUCCCUGUACUACAUCGUGGUCAGCGCCUGCAUCGGACUGCUCAGGGUUCAUGAGAUCAACAGCUUGUUGACUCCAUUUGAUUACACAACACAACCGUCAUGGCAGAACCCCAAAUACCUGGUUGGUGUAAUUUCCACAGAAGUGACCUAUGUUUUGGGAGGGCUGGUGUUCGCCUGGAUAGUAGAGGAGUGGGUUUGGGAUUACGCCAUAACUGUCACACUGCUGCAUGUCGCGAUGACUGUAGCAGUGAUGUCAGAUUUCCCUUCAGCUGAACAGUGGUGGAUAGCUCUGGGUUCAGGCCUGGUGAUGAUGAUAUUUGGAGGACAGCUUAUGGCCUAUAAACUCUUUAGGAGUAACUUUGUCUAUCCUACUGAACUACAGAACUUCUAAUGAGAGCUUUUAACUGGCUUACUGGUUAAUCUCAGAUCCGGAUACAUCCAAUGAGUUCACUUUUCUAAGUUUGUACUGCUAGGUAACAUAGUAGAUAGUCAGAUCCCUCUUUAUACUGUGCCCAACUUUGCCUAUUUAACAUUUUUUAACAUUAUGUACAGUUUAAAUGUUUUUGUAUUGUUUGAAAACUCCAAACUAUAAGCUAAAAGGAAUAGAAGACAUGACACCGGUAGCGUUAUGUAAAAGACUGGAUUCACAGCUGCUAAAUAUGAAAUCUAAUGGAUAUAAUAAUGGUGAGAUAAGUCAGAAACAUUUCUGUUGUAAUGUUUGUUAUAUUUAUGUGUCACAUAGCUGAGUGUGCUGUGUAGUAGUCUAAUAAAGAUGACUCUUUCAGACAGCAAGAAGAAAUCAAAUGUCCAGAAAAUGUGCAUCCUUUGGACAAGAUGAGAUCUACACCACAAAUACAAAAUGACUUUAAUGGUUGUAUGUAUUAGUUCAAAUUGAAUUUGCAUUAAAUAC